AUGCCACGAGACCCAGUCGCUGACCGGGCAAUGUACCACCGAAUCCAAGACCUCUUCCACAACCUCCUCGUCGUCAAAUCCUCCCUAGACACCCGCCUCCACCUCGAAAACCUCAUCCAAAACUCCAGCUACUACUGCCUCACCUGCUCCCCUUCCCCCUCCUCUCCAUCCCCCACCCCAGGCUCCUGCGGCCCAACCUGCCCCCUCCUGCGCCCCCGCUCCUCAGCGGGUUUCAUCCCCUCCGACUCUUCCCCCUCCAAUAUGUCUUCUAUCCAGUCCAACUUCGAAAGCUACUACGAUAUUCUCAAAGAUAUAUAUCGGAAAGGAAGGGAUGUGACGGAUGCAGAAGCGGCGGGUUGGGAGAAGCAGGCGGAGGAGAUGCGGAAGUGGUCCGAGACGCCGAUGGAGCGGUGGGAGAGGCAGGGGUGGGAGGUUUGGAGGCGGAGGGAGAAGUGGAAGAGGGGGGGUUUUGGGAGGGAGUGGGAAGGAGGGGGGGUGUGGGGGGCGAAGACUGAGGGACGGGGGGAGUGA